AUGGAUAAAAGUUGGGUACAUUUUGAUCGCCGAAGUCCAGAUUAUGUUGCACGGUUGAACUUAUUUGUAGAUGAAGCCCUUGCCAAGUCUAGUCGUAAAGAUAAGAUCACAUGUCCUUGUAAAGAAUGUUGUAAUCGUUAUUUUGAAGAUAAGAUGACUGUGGUGGGACAUCUUCUUUGGCAUGGAAUGGACCCUUUGUACAUGAAUGCUCGAUGGACACAUCAUGGUGAGCCUUACGUUGAAUCAACAAAUGUCAUGGAAAUGGAUGUUGCUGAAGGAGAUGUAGGUGAAAUGCAUGAUUUCCUUAAUGAGACAUUUGUGCAACCAAAUAUUGGAUGCAAGAAGUAUAAAAAAUUGGAUGCCGUCGUAAAAUUGUACCAGAUCAAGUGUUUGAGAAAUGUGACUAACAAAGCUUUUGAUAUGUUUUUAGAGCUUUUUAAAGAUAUGUUGCAUGAGGGAUAUUGUUUGCCACGGUCUAUUUCACAAGCUAAAAAGAUUAUUGAUGAUUUAGGUCUUACUUAUGAGAAGAUUGAUGCUUGCCCUAACGACUGCAUGUUAUUUUGGAAAGAGACAGCAAACUUAACCAUGUGCUCUACAUGUGGUGCGUCAAGAUAUAAAGUGAAAAAAGCCCUAAUGCAUCUGGAAAAUGAUAUUGACGUUUACUUGAAACCUUUAAUGGAUGAGCUAAAGGAGUUGGUGAUAGUUCAACUGGGGAUAAUUAUAGUAAGAAAGUAUCAGCUAAGAUUCUCCGGCCCUAAUGCACCUGGAAAUGAUAUUGACGUUUACUUGAAACCUUUAAUGGAUGAGCUAAAGGAGUUGCAACCCUUCUUGUUUCUUUCUUUACUCAUUCCAGGCCCUAAUGCACCUGGAAAUGAUAUUGACGUGUACUUGAAACCUUUAAUGGAUGAGCUAAAGGAGUUAUGGGAGGUUGGUGCCAACACUUAUGAUGUGUUUUCCAAUCAGUCAUUCAACAUGAAAGCUGCUGUGUUGUGGACAAUAAAUGACUUUCCUGCAUAUGCGAAUCUUUCGGGAUGGAGUACGAAGGGGAAGCUUGCAUGUCCUCAAUGUCAUCAUCAAACAGUAUCAAAACGCUUGCCUAAUUGUAAAAAGCAAUGUUAUUUGGGUAAUCGUAGAUUUUUGCCCAUAACACAUAGAUUUCGAAAUGAUGGUGCUUCAUUUGAUGGCAAAUGCGAGAGGGGUCAAGCACCAAAGAUGUUGACCGAGGCCCAGUGUAUAGCACAGAUGUCUAAUCUGACCUUUACCUUUGGGAAAUCACCACCUUCAGAAUCUGAAACUGAUGGUAUUACACGAAAAAAGAAAAGGAGGAGAAAUACUUUUGCUGCCUCCAAAGAACUAAGAAAUGGUACUAAUAAUCCAUGGAAAAAGAAAAGUAUUUUUAGUUUGGAGAUAUCAAAAAAUAAAAUAGGAAAAUAA